UAUUGAACAUUUUAGGCAAUUCAAGACAAAAUAUUUUUUACACGACAAAUAUUGUUAAUAAUGUGCAGAUAUUUCGUGAAGCGGGAAACGACCCUUUUUCGGGCCCGAGGCGUUCGUAAGAAUCGUAAGUGUCGAUAUAAUAAUCGCGUAUAGCGCAGGUAGAAUUUUACAGCGUUUGUGUUUACAUGCGUGGCAAGUCUCGACAAGCCUGGGACACUGUUAUAAGUUAGAGAGAGCAAACGAUAUUGCUAUCUCAUUCCACCGCAUAGCUGCGUCCCUGACGCUUGCCAAGUCUUGGCACGCAUGUAAAGGUAGCAUAACACAGAAAAAAUGGCUUAGCCGGUUAGAAUAAUCGCAUAAAAUUCCAAAAAACAGACAGUAAUUACACCUUUUACCAAUCCCUUUCUUGUAUUCUCUCUCUUUAGCUUUUUUUUUUUAAUUAAAAUUGUAUGUGUAUAAUCUGUAUGUGCAUGACUUGGCUGAGCAUUAACUUGGACUCCAGAAAAGUUUGUCAUUGGUCAUGUCAGCAAAAAGACUAGUGGUUCGUCUAGCUCUCACUUAUAAAGGGAACGCCGCUUGUAGUGAUCGCUUGGGUAUCGCCCGCUGUUAAGCAAGAACUUCGUCCAAGGACGGUUUGAACGGUGAAAAAAUAUGGAAAGAACAUGAGGAAAAUAUCUUCUAUGUUUUUUUCGUUCGCUGAUUUGAAAUGAUAUAGUUUUACAAUGAACGGGGAUAGUGUUACUGUUAGCGGUGUGGAGGCCGAAUACACGGACAUUGCGAGCAGAAAUGCGUGGGCUCUCGUGUAUCAGAAAAUCGGCCGGGAGUGUCAGGCGUACGGAUACACAUGCACCGAGGCGAAGAAGCUGGAGAAUAAGCCGUUGAAUCGGUACCGGGACGUGAAUCCGUACGACCACAGCCGUGUUAUCCUGAAGCGAUGCGAGAGGGACUACAUAAACGCCAACUUAGUCAAGAUGGAGCGAGCCAACCGCAAAUACAUCCUCACCCAGGGCCCGCUCGCGUUGACCGUCGGCCAUUUCUGGCUGAUGGUGUGGGAGCAGAAGUCCCGCGCCAUCCUCAUGCUGAACAAGGUCAUCGAGAAGAACGAGAUCAAGUGUCACUGGUACUGGCCUCGAGCCGUUGGUAAAGACAGCAAGAUGGUGCUCGAGGAUGUUCAGCUGACGGUGGAACAGUUACUGGACGAGGAUUUCAACUAUUACUCUACCAGGGUGUUCAGGAUCGUGGACCUGAAAACCAACGAGUCCCGCGAAGUAGUACAGUUCCACUACACAACCUGGCCCGACUUCGGCGUCCCUCAGUCCCCGCACGCCUUCCUGGAGUUCCUUCACCACGUGCGGGCUUCGGGCGCGCUGGAUGCGGACGUGGGGCCGGCGGUGGUGCAUUGCAGCGCGGGAAUCGGGCGUUCCGGCACCUUCUGUCUGGUGGAUUCAUGUCUUGUCAUUAUCGAAAAUGAGGGCAUAGAGAACCUGAGCGUCCAGCAAGUGCUUCUGGAGAUGCGGAAGGACCGCAUGGGGCUCAUUCAGACCUCAGACCAGCUGCGCUUCUCCUACCAGGCCAUCAUAGAGGGCGCCAAGCGACUUGACCCUAACUAUAAAAAUCCUCAAAUGGAAGAGAGUUUAUACUGGUCAGUGCCUGAAGAAGAGGAGUCCCCACCGCCGCCCCCUCCGCGCGGCGAGAGCCUCUCCAAGGCCCCCAAGAGGCCCCUACCCUCCAUACCCGUCAGUGCUUCGCUUGUCAACAUGGUCCAGUUCACCUCGGAUACGUCCUGGGAGGACAGCAUGCCUGCCUCGUCCACGCAGCACUCCUCGCACACCUCGUCCGCGGACGACGAGGAGUCCACGCCCAAGAGUAACGUCACGCGCGAGCCCGCCGCGGAGCUGCGCCGGCGCCGCACGCGCGAGCUCUCCGAGCGCGUGUCCGCCACCAAGCGGCGCGUGCGCGACGCCGAGCGCUGGCACGACUUCAAGAGGUCCUUGUACAAACCGCUUACCAUCACCUGUGGCGUCAUUCUGGUCGGCAUUGCCGUCUAUGCCUACGUUAAACGUUAGACAUGUCUGAAACUGGGCCAGAACUGGGGCUGAAAAUUUCGGGGGAAAUCUGAUGCUUUUUUUUUUUCGGGGAUUUUUCCAAAUUUCGUUUUUUUUUUUCGGUUUUGUAUUAGAUAUUAAAUAGGAUACAAUGCCACUGAGUGAUCACAGUGUCAUAUACAGGGUGUAAUCGUUAAGUGUAGCCAGGCGAUGAUUACGUAAAUAUAACUGAUAUUAGAAAACUUCAAACUGAUAUCGAAAGUGCGUUACACAAUGAGUAAAACUACAUUAAUAACUUUUUUUUAGUAAAAGCGGAAACAUCCCAAAUAUUAACUUCAAACCCUCCCAUACAUUUAGUACGCCGUUCGUUGAAAGACUAGUUUAUACGGUCUAGUCAUUUCACUGUUAUCAAAUGAUUCAUGAAUUGUUUUAUUUUAUCCACUUAUCCAUAUCCAUUUUACCAUUUUAUUACAGCUUAUUCGUGCAAAUAAUGAAUCUCAUGCAGUUUUAUCUUUUACGACACCGACGUUAAUUGAGGGAUGAGUCGUCGUACUAAAUUUAUUGGAGCAUUUAAACUUAAUAUUUUCAAUAUUACUAAGUUUAUUUAAGAAUAGUUAUUAUUGUAAUUUUACUCAUUGAGUAACGCACUUUCGAUAUCAAUUUGCAGUUUUCUGAUAUUUGUUAUAUUUUCGGAAUUAUCGCCUGGCUACACUUAACGAUUACACCCUGUAUAUGAAAACCUUCCUGUUUAAAUUCAUACAUAAAUUAAAAAAAAAUCGGAUUAAGGAAACUUGAAAAAAAAAAACGAGUUGGAAUUUUUCCCGCAUUUCUCCGGGCUUUUUCAACGCUAGCCCGAACAAGUCCAAUACUGGGCCCGACAUUUAUACGUAGGACCAUAUGAUAAAAAAGACUAUUUGUUGAGAAUCGCUAAACCCAGUGACUGUAGGUCCCAUUCUGCUUUCGUCACCCAUUAAUUGGUAGUUUUUGACAUCUUUGCUCAUAUUUUAUGUUUGUAUAUUUCUUAUUCCAGCUCAUUUCGGCUACCAUCACCAUUUUCUUUGGGCAUAUUCGAUGUUCGUCUAUCUCUUUUUAAAUCUCAUUCGUUAUUCGUCUUUCGUAUUAUUCUAAAUUCGUAUUUUUCUAAUUUUGGCCCAAAGACAAUGUUGACGAAAACCGAAAUGAGCUGGAAUAAGAAAAAUACAAACAUCAAAUAUGACCAAAGAUGAAAAAGACCAACGAAAGUUACGAAUGAGGAAUGGGUGACGAAAGCGGAAUGGGUGACGAAAGCGGAAUGGGUCGUAUUGGAAAACUUGACGAAAUGCAAUAACUCGACCAAUCGUCAUGUAACCAACGCCGGUGUGCAGUCGCCCUCAAAUACCGGGUGUGGCAAGAACGAGCACAAAAUUAAGUGGCCGUUAAUGAUUUUAGUCGCAAAAAUGACAAAUUAAUAGAUUUAGUCGAUGAAAUUGUAUACCUUUUGUUAACUAUUAGAAAUAACAAGUACAGGUUUCUAUUGGCACGUCUUGUUAUCUUUCAUUUUUAAUAAAUCAUUUUUUUUUAAAGCAGACUCAUUUAGGAAUGUUUUUCAUUUUAUGAUGGACGUUCAGGUAAACGCGCGUAAAGCACUGACUUUAAAGCUCUUAUUUGUAGAUUUUUUAAAUUAUGGACUGCUAAAAAUGGUAAUUUUGUAUUGCACAUAUCCUGUACUUCAACUUUAAUAAACUAUAUUUUUGUUAUUGAAGUGUAAAUGAAAGUUAGACAAAAUCAAUUUUCUCCAGAAAUUACUUCAAUUGUCAAUUUCUCUAAAUGAAACAAUCUACAACAUUUGCUGAAACUGUUCUUCUACAUUAUUUUGUAUAUACCACCUACAUUUUUAAUGUUUUUUUUUAAACUGUCCCUUCUCGUCAUAUAUUACCGGGAACGCACGCCUUCGACCUCAUUAGAUAUUACGUAACAAAAGGUGUACAAUUUCAACGACUAAAUAUAUCAAUUUAACAUUUUUGCUGUAAAAUCGUUACCGUUAACUUGAAACUCAGAUAAAUCCAUUCGACUCUCUCAGCAAUAUCUACCUUAUUACUUUUUCAUAAUACCUAAAUCGCAUAAUCUGACAGAUGGAUUUACCUGAGUUUGAAGCUAAGCGACUCAACUGUCGACUGUACUCAAACUGACCAACAUUUAUUCAGCGACUUUUAAAAACUAUGAAGAUUUUUUUUUUUUGUAAUUGACGUUGCUUAUCACUCUUUAAACUUAGUAAAAUUCGAUAUACAUUACGUCUUACAAAAAACUUUAGAUUAUGCUAAAAAUCGAAAUAAAAGUCUUUAAAAAAAGUCGCUGAACAAUUAUUGGUUCGAACCAAUAAGAGUACAGCGCACGGUUUAAUUUUAAUGCUCCUGUUACAGGCUACAUCCGAAGAAACCGUAUGACAGACAUGUAGUUUUUUUAUAUUGACUAUAUUAAUUUAGAGUUUGCUAGCCUCCUCCAGCCUCCUAGCUAAUUCUGCAUUUGCAAUUAAGUUAAUGUAUUAUAAUAAAUUUAAAUUUUCUAUGAUUAUACAGGAAUGACGUUUAUUGCGUUUCCUGUUGAUCUACAUCUUGGCGCCGUCGCCUCUAGAUUUUAUAUUAUUUUAUUUUAUAGGCUCUUUGAUGUUGUUCAGUGCAAUAUUGAUAGGUAGCUUACUAUAUAACGGAAGUGUGUAAAAUUGGUCUUGAAACGCAUUUAAUACAACGCAUUCUUCAGACAACACACGACAAUCCAUCCUAGCCAUUUUGUAAAAUGCAUCUAACACUUUACUGAAAGUAGCUACCGAGAAACAUGAUGCUCUACGGAGACUUUUCACAUUUUCUAAAUCAUCACAAAUCUGAUAAAUGGGUCAAAAUUCUUUUCGUUCUCUUGCUUUAUGUCCCCGAAAAAUGUGACGAAGUGGAGAUUUCUGUAUGGGGUGAGAAUUAUGAUCUACAGAUAGAAAGACUCGACUUUUUUCUAUUUACAAUUUCCGGAUGUUUUUUCAAUGCUUAGCCAAAAGUUGCCAGGAGAAUAUGUAUAUCAACUAAACAUAGAUUAUAAUGAUGAUAACACUGGUGACGCCAUGUCAAACAGAGGACAGAGGGACAAACAUCCAUCUUCUCACUGAACCUCCACAUUCAUCUCGCACUACCAUCCAUCUACUUUUUUUUUAUUCGACUUACUGGCAAACUUGUGUAUCAGAAUAUACUUCGUUUUAUUUUAGAAUUUUAAAUAUUUAAUUAAUACAAUUUGGGUGUUAAAUUUAAACUACAAAACUUAAAACCUAGAUUUAAAAAGAAAUAAUACUAGUCUUUUUGUUUUGAUAAAAGACAAAAAUAGAAGCGUGACAGUGUGGUCAGAAACCGACAACGAAAAGAAUUUUCACCAAAAUUUUUAUAGAGACGUUUAUAAUGCCACUCUACACUUUCUGUCAAAGCCGGUGCAGAGUUAGCUUAGACGGACUAUGCAAAGCGAAAGUGUAGCCGCAGCUUUAUAAUGCCAUGUACAGACAGCGGCAAAAGUGUAUUUAUUAAUUUUAUAAUAUUAUGGAGCCAACUCCAUAUUGAUUUUAUUUUGUAAUCGAAUUUUAGAAUAGUUUUAAUGAAUUUUAUUAUUUUUACUACUGACCCCUGUAUUUUAGCCAAUUUUAUGGUGUUAGCCAGUUAGGGGUAAUUUAAAUAAAAUAAAUUUUGGAAAUAUUUAUUUGUUUUUUUUUCUUUCACACUUUUGGUGCUGGCUGUCCCGGGAUCAUUUUUACUUUAUAUUUUCAUUAUAUAUUUAUUUGGUGUUUAUGAUAGACAAUAUAUUUUUAAUGGUUAAUUUUUAUACAAUUUUACGGAGUAAAUCAGACAGUCAGGGUCAAAAAGACCAGUAUAUAGAAAUCGCGUCGUUUUAUUUUAUUUAUUUUGUCUGUCAAAAACACAUCCAUCUCUUUACUUUUUUCCUUAUAUGUUCAAAUAAUAUAUACAUAUAUAUGCCCUUUACUACAUUCCUUUCAUACACUAAUUAUAAUGUAAAUAUUCAUAUUCUUUAUCAUCCCCAUUCAAAAUUAUCGAUACAUACUCGAAAGAAAGUUCCGAAACGUCACGAUUAAUAUUUGCGUGACGAACUGGAACCUCAAUAACCUCAAUAUAGAUUAUGCUAUGUUUAUGCCAUUAUUGUUUCCACCUAGUCGCGAUUCUACACUAUGAAUUCCACGCAGCUGAAGUUUAUCACGUGCGUUAUUCUUCACACAAAUAUAUUACUAUACAAUAGUCGCAACUCUUAUUAAUGUGGUUCUACACAACUCCAUUUAUUUUUUGCAUUUGCUGGGUGAGAAGUAUUAGAUGGAGGCAAUACGGACAAUAUUACCUAUCCACGGAUAUCAGUAAAAAGCAGAUCAGCU